AUGCCGAGACCGGAUAUCAGGAAUUCUGUGGUUAUGUCUGCGUGGACUCAACAGGAGCAGAUAGACGAACUUCGUGGAAAACUCCAUCUAAAAGAAAGAGAUGCGCGUGCGUUUUUUGAAAGCUCUGAAGAGAGGAAAAUCUUAAAUGAACGAUUAAUUGCAAAACUUAGAGCAGAAAAUAAGAAGAAGCGUGUAACUAUUGCGAAGAGUAUAAAUGGCGAUGAAAAAGUUAUACAGUCUGUAUUCCAAAAUCGGAAAGAAGAACUUCUUUCGAUGCAGCGAUAUACCGUCGAGGGUGCUGUAAAAACGAUGGAUCAGAAAGUGUGUGAGGCUAGUAAACGGCGUAAUACCAUCAAACAUGAGGCAGACAUAAAAAGAGAUCGACUAAAGGAACUGCAAUCUACUCUUAGGCAGAUGAGGCUUGUUAAUACACAAGAUUUUGAUCUAGAAAGAAAACAGGUUAUAAGACGAUUACAGAAUGAGAUGGAUAAAGCUGGUAUUAAAUAUGAGGCCGCCAGAAAUAUAACGAGGAGGUACGAGGAAAUAAUGACACACAUGCAAGAGGAAUGUAGAUUGUAUCCAGCUAGACUAAACGUACUGGAGGAAAUCUUUCGUGAUGCUAGCACAGAAUUAGAUGUACUCAAACUAAUGAACGAGAAGGCAGUUAAAAGUAGCGAUGACACCAGAAGAGACUUAAUGAAAAUGGAGAGAGAAAUGUAUCAAGCAAGAAGAGCGCGAGAUCAACAGCUUAAUGUUACCAAAAAGGAGGUGGAGAGACGUAAGGAGCCUACUGACAGAACAGAAAGAAGGGCAAAGGUUGCGUACGUUACAGAUACUGCAGGUGAUACAAAGGCAAUCAAAUUACAACAAGAGAAGGAGGAUCGUCAGGAGAAGAUACUAACCUUAGAAGAUGCAUUUGAAAAGAUAAAAUCAGCCAUCCACGUGUCUAAUAUGGAUGAUAUAGUAUUCCGAGUAACUAAUCAAGAUAAUACACGUCACCGAAUUUUACAACAAGAACAAGAGAAAUUAGAUGCAAAAGAGAGAUUAAUGGAAGAAAAAACUUCUUUACGAGUAAUUUUUGAGGAUCUCAAAUUUACAAGUCAGCGGCAGAUAGCUAAAGGAAGAAAAAUGGUCGAAGAUGUACAAGAAUAUGUUAAAAAGGAAGAGACGUCAAGAGACGAUUGUCUGUCUGAAAUGGCUGUCAACGACAAGCUUCUUCUCGAUCUACAAUCUGGUAUCGCUACGUUGUAUGAGAAACUUAAAGAAAUCAGGCUGAAACCGCCUUACCACAAUUUUUCGAAAUCCGAUCCAGUAGAAGAUCUUGCUAAUUGUCAAAGAAAGCUAGAGGUAUUGCUUACAGGGUUAGGACUGUGGAAGAAAACACCUGAGUUGUCUCCCGUGAAUUUAAAUGAACACAAGCUUCACACAUAUCUAGAAAACAAACUUCCGCCUGAUAAUAUCCGGAUCCGGUUAGAGACAGAUGACGGAAGUGACAUCGAUGAUUUCCAUUUCGAUCACGAUCAAGAUAAUGAUGGUCUGCUGUCUAGAGAUGACAUUAAACGUCAGGGGAUGGAGUUCCUAAAUACGAAACUCAAACCCAAGAAGAAGAAAGGAAGAAAAGUCAGAACAAAAUAGAUUUGAAGAAAACAAAUGUACACAAAUA